AUGUCGUCCCCCCGCGUCCCCAUCGAGGUCAUCGAGCACAUCAUCGAUGAACUCGGUGCGACUGAAUACUCGACCCGGGCCCUUGCUCGUUGCAUCCGGGUACACAAGGACUGGAUCCCCCGGACCCGCGUCCAUCUCUGGCGCACGCUCACGGUUUCUAGUCGUGAGCAACUCCCAGGCAUCUGCGACACGUUCGACCGGAACCCCACUCUGCAAUCCCUGGUCAAAGUUGUCCGGCUGAAGCCCGAUCGCUUGGUGAAGCCUGAUGCGCAACGCCGGCGUCCGUUCCCUGUCACUGCCCCGAUUGUCCUCCUCCCAUACCUCAUUCACAUCCAGGCUUGGGAGUUUCUUGGUGAUUGGAGAACAACUUUCCCACUGCGGCGAGCGAUGUUGGUUUCCUUGGGCCAGUAUCGGGAUGUGAAGCGGGUGACCCUCUGCGGUGUACAAUUCAAGAACCUUUUCCACUUCUACCCCCUCCUGUACGCCUUUCCUGCCAUGGAAGAAAUCAUCAUGGAUUACGUGAAUGGGCCUGACCUUCCGCCAAACCAGUCGCUUCUGUCCGCGCAUGGCAGACUAAAGGGCUUGCGGCUGCUUUGGCUCCCGCUCAUCGAGGUGACAUCUUUUGAAUCUACAUCGUUGGGAUCAAGCUGA